GUCUAUGACCUUAUAAUGUGUAAACAGCUGGACACGUGUGAGCAGGAGGUGACAGUCACUGUGGCUGAGAUAAGUUCACCGUCUGUAAUGGAGAGAGAAGACAGAGGAGGAGGAGGAGGAGGAGGAGGAGGAGGAUACCACCGGGAAGCCAAGCGGCUCCGGACCGAUGAGGAGGCCGGUGGAGGGGAGCUGGAGGACGGAGAGGAGGAGGAGGACUCCGGCGGAGAAGAAGCUGCGGGGAGCGGAGGCACCGGGAGCAGGAGCCGGAGGAGCGGAGCGAAGGCCGCUGCAGAGGACAGUCACCGCAUCCCCCCGUCUCCGGUCGUCCACAUCCGAGGCCUCUGCGACGCUGUGGUGGAGGCUGAUCUGGUGGAGGCACUUGACAAGUUCGGCAACAUCUGCUACGUCAUGAUGAUGCCGUUCAAGCGGCAGGCUCUGGUGGAGUUCGACAGCGUGGAGAGCGCUGAGCGCUGCGUGUCGUCCGAGGCCGCCUGCAUCGGCGAGCAGCAGGCCUUCUUCAACUUCUCCACCAGCCAGAGAAUCACCAGACCCACAAACGCCGACGACCCCACCAGCGGAAACAAAGUCCUGCUGCUGUCCAUCCAGAACCCGCUGUACCCCAUCACCACCGAUGUUCUCUACACCGUGUGUAACCCGGUCAGUAACGUCCAACGGAUCGUCAUCUUCAAACGCAACGGCAUCCAGGCCAUGGUGGAGUUCGAGUCAGUGGAAGACGCCCAGAAAGCCAAACUGGCUCUGAAUGGAGCAGACAUCUACGCCAGCUGCUGCACACUCAAGAUUGAAUACGCUCGGCCCAACAGACUGAACGUCGUCCGCAAUGACAACAGCAGCUGGGAUUACACCAAACCCUUCCUCCUGCACCGAGAGCGAGGGAAGGGGAGGCAGCGUCAGGCCAUCCUGGGAGAUCGUCCAUCCAGCAGCUACGGCCCACACUGCCCCCUACUGCCUCUGCCUGCUAACAGCAGGUACCGGAGGCGCGGCGAGGAGGUGCAGGACAUGAUCUCCUACCCAGUUCUCCUCCCUAAGACCUCCUCUUCCUCCUACCUGGCCCAUGCAACCUCCAGCUCAGUCGCCAUGGUGAGCGGCCUCCAUCCCGCCAAGAUGAACUGCAGCCGCAUCUUCAACCUCUUCUGUCUCUACGGCAACGUGGAGAAGGUGAAGUUCAUGAAGAGCGUUGCCGGCACGGCGUUGGUGGAGAUGGGAGACGAGUACGCUGUGGACCGAGCCGUCACUCACCUCAACAGCAUCAAGGUGUUCGGCAAAAAGCUCAGCGUCUGUGUGUCCAAGCAGCAGGCGGUGAUUCCCAGUCAGGUGUUUGAGCUGCCCGACGGCUGCAGCAGCUACCAGGACUUCAGUCUGACCAGAAACAAUCGCUUCAGCAGCGCGCAGGGCAGUAGGAACAUCAUCCAGCCGCCGGCCGCCGUCCUGCACUUCUACAACGCCCCGCCCAAUCUCAGCCAACACCAGCUGCAGAAGCUCUGCACUGAACACAACGUUCCCGCCUUCACCAAGUUCAAGGUCUUCGAUGCCAAACCCAGCUCAAAGACUUUGUCCGGUCUGCUGGAGUUUGACAGUAAAACUGAAGCUGUGGAGGCUCUGACCGUCCUCAACCACCACCAGAUCAGAAUACCCAACAGCUCCAACCCGUUCACCCUGAAACUCUGCUUCUCCACCUCGUCCCACCUGUGAGCCAGAAACAAGAAGGACGCCGCAGUCGCCUGGUCCUCCGGGCGGACGGAAGAUUUGAGUUUUACCCUGAGAGGUGUCUAAACGGAUGAAGAAGAAAAGCACCUUAAUGACUUUUUGGACCUUUUCUUAUGUCUGAGAGGAAACCUUCACACUGAGCCGAUUCUUUAAAUCACACAUAAACCGACUUCAUCGUCCACAAAAGGUUCUUUCAUAUCCUGAAGAUAACCGCACAGAUAUCACGUCACUGUGGAGCACAGAUGGAGGGAUGUUGUUGAACAACAGAUAUCAGCUGAAUUCAAAGUCAUCAGCGUUUUAUUUGAUUGGUCAGCUUCAGUUUGGAUUUAUUUUAAAUGAUGAAUAAAUGUUUGAUUCAG